AUGCUCAAGACUGUUGAUUCUAAAAAUCAGAUUCUUGUGAAAUAUUUGGCUUCGAUUAACUCUUCUGUACUAACUGGGGUUCUUCCACAAAAAGAGGCAGAAGGUUCUUCUAAAGCUUCUAACGCUCCAAAGAAGAAGAAGCAUGUUGGAAAAGCACUAACUAUGGAAGAGGAGUUUUCAUCCCAAUCCACUGAGGUUGAGAGAAUGAUUCAUGACGAAGAACCUAAUGAUGAUGAUAUCAUGGUGUCAUUUACUGAUAUUCAAUUUGGUCCUAGGGAGGAGAAUGUUCCUGGUAGCUUAAUCAUGUCAGAGAGGUUAGCAUUUCAUUCUAAGAGUUAUGACUAUGAGAUUCAAAAGCUUCAUGGUGUUGCAAAGGAACAUCAUGAACUCUUUGUUGAACAAGUGACUAAGAUGAAGGAGCCUGUGGAUCUCAAAAUCGCUAAACUCAAAUCUGAGUUGUCAAAAGAGGUUCAGAAAAUGGAGCAAAACUACACCUUGUUGCAUGGCCAAGUCGAUGUCAUUACGACUGCUAUUGCUAUGUGGUUGAGUUUAAUUCUAAGUAUACUAAUAAGCUUGAAGUCAAUUCAAAAAAGGAUACUUAGGUGUUCCAAAAGAUGGAUGAAUCAUUAUCAAGUAUCAAGGAGUCUAUUUCUAAGGUUGAUCUUUCGAAUUAAUCAACAGUCACUCAAGCGCCUAUUUCUCAAUUGA